AUGAGCCAGCACGCGCAGAAGCGCAGUCGCAAUCUCGACUUUCUCCGUUACAUCACCAUAACGAGGCCUGAGCUUGCGAACAACGUGCGAUGUAUAAACAUUAUACACGUCUCUACGAGCCUGAUCUACAGGCUCGCCCCCGCCAAUAAGAGACCGCUUGGGCCCGCCAGCGAUGAGACUGCUGUGUACACGAAUAUGAUAGAUGCAUCAGGUCUGCCCGACCAUAUCGAAGACUGGGAAACUGUGAGAGAUGAGUGGCUCCGAGGUCUAGCCGACGGGUUAGUUGAGCAGCAAAUUGGUCUUCUACUACUCGCAUGUCCGAGAGUCGAAGUACUCAAACUUGGAACCCCGCUAUCGCCUCGGCUGCUCCCUCGCCUCAUCAGGGCGGCAGCAAACCACGCAAUGCUUUCUAUCAAUGGACCAGCUUCCAAGACAAGUCGCCCCCUGCUCGAAAGCUUGCGAGAGUACUUUGGCGAGCCAGAAAGCCCGAAGAGUCUGUUUCAUUUCUUCAACAUUGGCAAAGAAUUCCUGCAACUGCCACAACUUCGAUCCUUCACCUGCGCUAGUUUAUCCAAUAGUGGUCCGAACGGGCACCUUUUCGAUGAAGAGGCCAAUCCUCCAGGCUCCUCAAACGUUCAGUACCUGACUCUACUCGAUGCCAACGUUACAAUAGAGGGGCUGAGAAGUCUCAUACGUGCUUGCAAGGGACUAAAGUCGUUUCAUUGGACUCCAGGCGACAGCACGUUCUCCGACAUGCAAAUCAAGCUACCAGAUCUUUUGCAGGCUUUGUCACCGCACCGGGAGACCCUACAACACUUGCACAUCGACUAUCAGGACCGCUGGAGGGAAAUGGACUGGUUCUUUAAGCGGGAUAACUUUUUUAUCGGCACAUUCCUGAAGGACAUGGUCUCCUUGAAGACCCUGCGUAUCGGCAUGGAGGCUUUCACCUCUGGACGAUAG